AUGGCACCUCCUAUUCUGCGUCCUGAAAAUGCUCUGAAGAGAGCGGAUGAAUUAAUUUCAGUUGGUGAGCCACAGGCUGCUUUGCAGUCGCUAUUUGAGUACAUUUCAUCUAGAAGGAUUCGUUCUGCGGACCCAUCUGCUAUUGAGCCCAUUGUAUUCAAGUUCUUAGAAUUGGGAGUUGAACUUAAGAAGGGUAAAAUGAUUAAAGAUGGGUUGUAUCAAUAUAGGAAAAAUGUCCAAUCCACUACUGAUGGGUUGAAUUCCGUCGGUGCUGUGUCCCGUAAAUUCAUUGAUUUGAUUGAAAAAAAAAUGUCAGUUGAACAAGCUAGAGCUGAUGAGGGUGAGAACACGGAUGAGGAGGAUUUGGAGGGUGGUGUCACUCCGGAAAAUCUGUUAAUUUCUGUGUACGAGCAGGAUCAGUCUGUUGGAGGUUUUAACGACGAAGCUGUGACCUCUUGGUUGAGAUUCACUUGGGAAUCUUACCGUACGGUGUUGGAUCUAUUGAGAAAUAACUCUCAGCUCGAGAUCACUUAUUCUGGUGUUGUGAACAGAACUAUGCAAUUUUGCUUGAAGUACAAUCGUAAGAACGAAUUCAAAAGAUUGGCAGACAUGUUACGUCAGCAUUUAGAUGCUGCUAAUUAUCAGCAACAAAAGUCGAAACAGUAUACUGUAGACUUGUCUGAUGCUGACACUUUGCAGCGUUACCUGGAUCAACGUAUCUUGCAGGUUAACGUCUCUGUGAAGCUAGGUUUGUGGCACGAAGCUUUUAGAUCCAUUGAAGACGUGCAUCACUUAUUGUCCACAUCUACUCGUCCUCCUAAGCCGUUCAUCUUAGCUAAUUACUAUCAAAAUAUGGCUAAGGUGUUUUCGGUUUCUAACAACUACUUAUUGAACUCCGUUGCUCUAAAAAAGUUUUUUGAGUUGUUUUUGCAAAAUCCAAAAGCUACGGAAGAAGACUUUAGAUUACAUUCGUCUCAGCUUAUGUUAUCUGUUUUAUCUAUCCAGCAAGAUGACUUGCCUGUUGUUGGUUAUGAUCCUCUUUUGCGUUUGACCGAUUUCUUGGACCUAGAUUCGAAGCCCACCAAAAAGCAAAUGCUAGAGGCUGUGACUGAUGACUCCAUCUUCAGCAGAGUUGACGAAGAUGUAAAGCAACUAUAUCACCUAAUCACCGGUGACUUUAACGUCACCACUAUUAAGGAGAGACUGGCUGCGUUACUGCCUUCUUUGAUUGAGAAGCCUUACUUUGAGCAGUAUGCCAUUCCCUUGAAAAAUUACAUUAUUAGAAAGGCCUUUAUCGAUGCUUCAAAGAGAUUUAGUGUGAUUAAGUUGGAUGAGUUAUUCCAAUAUGUUAGCUUACCUGCGCCAUUCGAGUUAACUCCUCUAGAAUUGGAAAAGGCUUUAUUACAGGCAGCAAUGGACGACUAUGUCUCCUUUACCAUUGACCACGAAUAUGAAGCCGUUUCAUUCGUAGAAGACCCAUUUGAGGUUUUAGGUGGUUCUAGCGUUGCUUUUGCCGACGAAGAGUUUUCUCAAGAGUAUGGGUCUAGGGAAGAAUCUGCUGCACCUGCGGUUGAGGAAGAAUCUGAGCCAGUCUUGACUCAUAACUCUGCUGUUCGUAGACAGUUGUUAGAGUUGGCAAAGCUGUUGGAGGAAACUGAAGGCUUCUCUGAAGCGUCUUAUGUUGAGAAGAUUAAGUUGGCACGUACAGAAUUGAUCAGACAAAACAAUCAAAUUAUUGCCAAUGAAAAGGAAACUGUGGAAGAACGUGCCAAGAAGCUUGAGAUGGAAAAACAAUCCAUUUCUGGUAUUACUUUGACUUCUGAACAGGUUGUUGAAGAAAGACAGAAGCGUAUGAAAGAAGAAAAGGAAGCAGCUGAAGCUAGAAUGGAAGCAGAAGCUUUACGUCGUGCUGAAGAAAAAAGAGAAAGAGAAUUAGCGGAGAUCAACGAGAAGACAAUGAGGAAGAUGAUCAUCGAUGUUAAUGCAAAGGGCUUAAUCUACAUCGAUCCUGAAGAGUCUAAGAACAUGAAUCUUGAGAAAUUCAGAAAACUCACAGUCGAAUUGGUAUCUAAAGAUAGGAAAGAUUUGGAUGAUCGUAUGAGACAUGCAUUCAAGAAGGUUGAUCAUACUGAAAGAGCAUACAGAAAGCUUCAACUACCACUUUGGGAAAAGGAUGCCAAACUUCAAAAGGAUAAGGAUUUGGAGAAUUACCAGAAGUUGAAAAAAAUGAUGUUGGAAAAGAAUCAGAAGGACCACGAAGAAAGUGUUGCAUUAAACCAGCGAUUGUCUAAGAUAUUCCCAUCCUAUAAGGAAUUCAAAGCUAAAAUUGUAAUUGCUCAAAAAUCAAAGAUAGAUAGUUUGCGGGUUGAAAAUGCUGCCAAAUUAAAAGCUGCAAAGAAAGCUGCGCUUGACGAAAUUCGCAGGCAGCGUUUCGAGGAGUUGGUGUCCAUACGUAAGAAAGAACUGGCUGCCGAGCAAGAAGAGCAGGAGAGGUAUCAACUUGAACAACGUCUUGCUAAGGAACGCGAGGAGCGUGCCAGGCGCAAUAAAGAGAAGGACGAAGCUGCACGUAAGCAGAGAGAAAUUGAUGAGAUGAUUGAGACGAAGAUGAAUAAAAAGGCUACUGCUAGUCCCGUGUUCGCUGCCCGUAAAUCUGAUGACUCUAUCGAAACAACUCCAUCUCCUUCAAUAUUACCUGCCUCCACUUCAACCAACUCAGAAGCUCCUAAGAAGCCUCUAACUUAUUCUGAAAAGAUGAAACUUGGAAGAAGGCAAAGGGGUACAACGUAG